GCCCUUAUAAGGCAACUAUGCCAGUAUAACAAAGUCUGGGGCUCAUACUGUAGCUUCACCAAAGAUAUUCUGUACCUACCCAUGAGCUUUGGCUUGCGGCUUGCGGCUAGGACCAAAGUUGAGUGCUAGAAAAUGCUCAAAUGAAAAAGGUAUGCCACUGCUAGCUAGUCCGGUCAGCUCUAUUCCCUGGAUGGCCAUACUUACCAUCUCUAUCACCUCCGCUACCCUCUUGCUCUCAAAGGUUUUCUUGAUAUUCACUCUAUCACAGUCAAUUACAUUCUUGAACACCUUGAUAAUCUCCUGCACCUCCUCCUCUACCACGACCAUCUCCGUAACAUGGAGAAAGGCAUGUAGCUGUUUCCCAGUCUUCUUGAAAACAUUUAGAGCCUUUUCUCGAUUAGCAGGGCGGUUGAAUGAUUCCUUUAGGGAAGAAGGAUAGGCUUUGACCUCCUUGUCCAAAAUCUAGGGAAUGAUAUGACAGAAAAGCUCAUACUUCAAUCAUACCACCUCCUGGAACGCCAAAGUUAGCUUAAUUUCUUCAAAAUACGUGGCAUAUAUUCAGAAAACU